AGAGGGAAGUGAUCAAGAACUGCAAACAUGGAUUCACCAGAGCAAGUGGAGCCUGACCAACCUAAUUGCUUCUAUGAUGAGAUACCUGGUUCUGUAGACAUGGGAAAAGUGGUGGCUGUGAUAUUCCUUAACUUUAGCAAAGCUUUUGAUAUGGUUUUCCACAGUAUUUUUGCCAGCAAGUUAAAGAAGUCUGGCUUGGAUGACAGGACUAUGAGAUGGCUAGAAAGCUGGCUGAUUGUCGGGGUCAACAGGCGGGAUGUCUAGUUGGCACAGGAGCUGCAGGAUCCACCACUGUGGGGCUCCCACUGUCCUGAGUGCCACCACUGCCAACUCUGCAGUAAAGAUGUCUCACGACCACCAGGCAGGCCACAUGAUGAACAGCUCCAUGGUACCCACCUCUGAGCACCAUCAUCCGACCUUGGAACAUCACCACCCUACAGCAGCACCAGGACACAAUCACGCAGCCGGGAUGAUGAUGGACAUGACUUUCCACUUCAGCUACAAGAAUGUGCCGCUGCUGUUUUCUGGACUGGUGAUCAAUACGCCUGGAGAAAUGGCUGGUGCUUUCGUGGCAGUUUUCUUCCUAGCCAUGUUUUAUGAAGGCCUCAAAAUAGCCCGGGAGAGUCUGCUCCGUAAAUCACAAGUCAGCAUUCGUUACAACUCCAUGCCUGUCCCAGGACCAAAUGGCACCACUUUGAUGGAGACACACAAAACAGUUGGACAACAGAUGCUGAGUUUCCCUCAUCUCCUGCAGACAGUGCUGCACGUCAUACAGGUGGUGGUCAGUUACUUCCUCAUGCUGAUCUUCAUGACCUACAAUGCCUUCCUCUGCAUAGCUGUGGCAGCAGGCGCAGGCACUGGCUACUUCCUCUUCAGCUGGAAAAAGGCAGUUGUUGUGGAUAUCACGGAGCAUUGCCAUUGAUGCUGGACACAGGGCGAGACCCUCUCUCUGCCCCUCCAUUCGCUCCAACUGCAGUCAUGAGUGGAUGGGGAUAAGUCCCAGGCUGACUGAGAACCAACGUACACCAGGAAAACCGGUGUGUGUGUGUGGGGGGGGGGGGGAGGUCCCCGCCAGUGUCCUAGUCAAGACAAUGCACAGGCAGCUCACAGGGAUUCCUGGUGUUGGGGGUUUCCCACCAAGCAGCCUGGUGCCAACACUAGAUGGACCAGCUCCUGAGGUCACGUUGACUGGAGCCACCCUUGACCAUGAUGCAUACUGUAUUUGAGAUUGUACCCUGACUGAAAUGAUGUAGCAAGUAGAAUUUGACACAAUUAUUGAAAUGUCCUUUUAAAACAUUUUAUUUGUAAAGAAUAAAUGAUCAGAGCUGGA